AUGGGCGCUAAUUUGUCUACCAGUUCGUUCUCCCAUUGGUUGACAAACUUCACCAUCGAUGGCGUUCCUUAUUAUAUUGACGCAUACACAUCGAAAGACCAGAGCUUCCAAUGGGGAUCAAAUAAGAGAGCAAUCUCCCAAGCACGCUGGGCAGCAGCCAACGGUGUCUAUCGAGGCUAUCCGUACGCCUACCAAUACUAUACGAGCUAUAACGGAGACGUGAGGCUCGACAUCAAUUUCGAAGCCAACGAUACAUCAUCGUCCUCCGAUAACUACAAUGCCAAUGACACAUCAUCCUCCUUUGAUAAUUUUAAUGCAAAUGACACAUCAACGUCUUUCGAUAACUAUAAUGCUAAUGACACAUCAUCGUCUCCUAAUAACUUCAAUGCCAGCGGUUCAUCAACCUCUUCCUCAACCUCCUCCAUCACAUGGGCCGACAGCGUCAAACUACUUGACCAACUGAACUCAAUAUUCUCAUCCACCUCGAACCAAUGGCUAGACAGCCUUCCCGUCACUGUCGAAAUCGGCCUCAUAUCCAACACCAGCACCAGCUACGGACAAAACGGCACCGGCACCCCACUCAUACAAAUAUCCACCGGGUCCGAGUUUCUAAACAACGUAUCAUACACCACCCCGGACAUGCAAAUGACAGGCACAUACGACGCGGCGCGCAAUCUCUCCAGCUCCGACACCAACGCCGCGCUCUGUGCCGCGCAGGCCUUCUUCCAGAACGGCCCUGGGCGGCCCGACAACGCGACGGAGACAGGGCUACCAACGUCAUGGACCUGGCUGAACGACGAAAGCGCGUCUGUGUUCGACAUGAAGUUUGAGGAGGAUGUGUACAACCUACCGCCCGACGAGUGGGGCUACCUUGUGACGGCUGCGAACGAAACGCUGCGAGUGUUCAAUCAGUACGGGUAUGCGAGGAUGGAGGUGAAUGUGACGAGGAAAGGCGAGUUCGCCGUGCCUUAUAUCAGGUGGCUGUUUCAUACGCCGCAAGAUGAGGGCUUUUUGGAUGAUGAUAGUAAAGGGGGCGCUUUUGUGGGGAAUUUUGCAGCGCCUAUGUUGGUGUUUGGCAGUGUUGGGGGUGGGGGUGGGCAGCAGAAUGGAACGGGAUGA